AUGUCUCGUUCAGUCACUCCAUCUAGUGAUGAUAAUGGAGAUGGAGCUUCAUCUCCUAUAAGAUUGUCUCAGGCAAUGGAUCCUUUGAGGGAUGGUUCAGAUUCUUCUUCUGAGGAAGAAAAUAGUGACGAUGAUUACGAAAAAACUAUAAGUUCAAAAAGAAGGCGGCCUGUUUCCGGAAGAAGCAGAACAGCUAAAAAAUCGAAAGCAAGUACAUUGGUUGAGGAAGAUCACGAAGAGGAGAUCUCUAAUAGAAUUUAUGAUGACCUGCUAAAUGACGCUGCAAGCGUAAGGGACGUAGUGGUUGAAUGGCUUACAAAGUACGAGAAAGACCAGCAAGGUUCUUUGGUUGAGUUGGUCAACUUUAUUUUAAAGUGCUGUGCUUGUAAUCGAACAGUAAAUGAAUUUGAUGUGCAAGAUCAAGAAUCUGUCUCCGUAACCCUUUCCCAAAUUCAACUCUCAGUUGAAAAGACAACAACGCGUGAAUAUCCUUUAAAUUCAAAAAGUCCUAAAUUUCGCAACUUUCGGAAAAAACUCUCUCAAUUUUUAACUUACUUCGUUUCACAGCUUUCAUCUAGAAAAUACCUAUACGACGAUAGCUCUAUAUUUGAAAAAAUCAUGUCCUGGAUUGUAGCCAUGUCUUCCUCGACAAUGAGGCCAAUCCGACAUACUGCUAGCGUUUUUUGCUUAAUUAUUAUGUCCUCCUUGUGCGAAGAAUCAAGGGAGUUUUUAUCUGAGCAUGCCAUAGCGUCGAAACAGCUGAUAAAGGAGGAAAAAAGGGCUCGCCCUAAUAAUAACCGCAUUCAGGAAUUGAGUGAUUCGCUUCAGACAAUCACGAGGCAACAAGAUGUUAUAUCAGAGUAUCUUAAUAGUUACUUUGACAGUGUUUUCGUACAUCGAUACAGAGAUGUUGAGCCGAAGAUACGGAUUGAUUGUCUGAAGGAACUUGGCAAUUGGAUUAAUAUAGUUCCCAGUGUCUUUUUCUCUGGAUCCUAUUUACGAUACCUAGGUUGGAUGUUGUCGGAUACGAACACAACUGCUCGUCUAACUGUAAUUAAAGUUUUGCAUAAGAUAUUUGAAACGGAAUCUUUUUUUGGAGGUCUCAGGCAUUUCACUUCAAGGUUCAAAGAAAGAAUUAUUGAAAUAAGCUGCGUAGAUGCCGAAGCUACUGUUCGUAUAGCCUCAAUUCGUUUAUGUAAUACUAUCAGAGCAUGUGGUUUUUUAGAAGAUGAAGAGGUUAUGAAAUUAUCGCAGCUUAUUUUGGAUGUUAAUCCAAGAAUUCAGCGUGAAGCAAUACAAUUCUUAUGUUCUACCGUGCAAGAAGCUACAGGUGAAAAGAUAGAAUCUUGGGGAGAUGAGGAAGCCAUUUCUGAGUCCUUUUCCGAAGAAACCGUUACUUCCUUUGAUAUUAUUUGGGUAAAAUAUGCUCAGCUCUCGAAAACAGUGGAAGUUUUGCGGGAUUUAUUCAAAAACGAUCCCACUGAUCUGAAAUUGUUCCAUGUUUUUCAAAGAAACGUAUCAGAUUCAACGCCUAUAACUCAGACUUUAUUGAACGCUUGUAGAUUGGAUAGUGAUUAUCAGUCAUGGGAGAAGAUUGCAAGCUAUAUAUUAUUUGACGAUUACGGUUCCAAGUCUACCGACACGGUCAAUGAUGUUUUGCAAUUCUGCAAACUUUCUGAAAGUCAAGAAUGUAUUCUAUUGCAACUACUUGCUUCUUCCCUUCUUCAUAUUUCAGAUUCUGAGUUUGUGGUUCCUAAAAAGAUUGGAAAGCAGCAAUUAGAGGACAGAAACGAGCUUGAAAAGGAUGAUGAAAAGGAUUUGGUAUAUUUGAGGAUACUGCCUCUGUUGAACAACAUUAUAGAAAGGGAAGCAGCUUCUCCUAUGUUACUCCAUCAUACCCUUCGAUUGCUUUUUACGCUUGAUUUCAAGCAGUAUGCACAUAUGCAGCUUUCAAAGCCUUUUGAAACCCUUUUAUUGAACCUAUCAAAGUUCUUUCUGACAAGUAAUAAUGCGAAUAUAAUCCAAGAUUGCACGGUUGUGUUUUUACGGAUGCAGUCCGUUCCGGUUUUAGAGGAGAGAUCGUCCUUCAGAAUUACAGAAAUGUGCGAUCAAAGUGUUCAAGAGUUUUUUGAUCUAUUCCUUUCGUUCAAUUUACGCGAAGGCAUUAUUACCAAGGAUGAUCAUUUACGGUUUGAAGCAUGUUUGAAGCGUAUGGAAGGCUGUACAUCAAUAAAAAAUAUAACGGACAAUACCCAAUAUAAAAUUAUUUAUGACAAGUUAUCAGAUAUGCUUUCUCGAAAUCCUAAUGCGCUUGAAGAUUCUCUUAAGUUUCCCGCUUUACAAUCUCAACAAAGUUUGUUUUUCUGGCUCCUUUUGCAAGAAGAAUCUCUGAAUGGCGAACUUAUUCGUUCUUCUGGGGAAAAACUUUUUGAUUGUUUAAUCCUUUUAAUUAAUGAAGACAGCUCAGGUGUACUAAAGCUUCAAGCUACACGGGUUUUGUUGGAAGUAAUAAUUAUGGUAUCGAGCUUCAAGGCUACUAAGGGGACUGAAAGUGAUGAGUUUAUCCCUGGUGUAGAAAGAUCGAAAAGCAAAGAUAUGGUUCGUUCUUUGUUCUCUAUUUUACAAGGAUGGUUGACUGUCUAUGGUAAAAUGAUUAAUGCUUCUCCUAUAAAGCUGGUGGAUCAAAAAACAAGUUGGAUUCCAAUAACCAUGCCGACAAAUCCAUUGAACAGACAAUUGUUAGAACAAAUAUGCUGUGAUUUAGUAGGGAAAUUGCUAUUAACGGGUUCUCUUACAAAUGUACUCUUAAAUGAAGACUGGGAAAUAUUACAAACUAUCAGGGGAAAUUUUGGUUCGGCUAUAGAUAUGUUGUUUGUCGAGUUCAGAGUUGAUGAAAGAGUUUAA